CCUCCUGCGCUGACCGCUCCACCGAACUUGAUUUCCCAGGCUCUGCGGGCUCUCCCCGGCGAUUGGUUAGGACGCGGCGCUUGCCCGGGCAUCCCGGGGCCUCCCGACCAAUCGCGAGGAGGGCGAGCGAGUAGCGAGAGCGGCUGAGCCCGAUUGCAAAGAGAAGAGAGAGGCGCGGGUGGCGAGGCUGUUGUAAAAUAUGAGACUAAAUGAGGGGCUCGUCGGAUCUUUCCAAGCUCCUACGACUGUCCGCAAAUUCUCAAGCAGCCAAGUUUACUUGUUCCGAAGUGGACAGUCUGAUUCAGAUGAAUCAUCGGAAGAGGAACUCGAUGUCAUGGAACUACGAGCAAGGGGGAAAGAGAUGCAGCGACGCAGUACUACUCGGGAGAAAGUUGGGGAUGUGGUGCUGCUCGAACGAGAAGUCAGAAAAGAUGACACUCUCAACAAGCUGGCCCUGCAGUAUGGAUGCAAAGUUGCAGAUAUCAAACGGAUCAAUAACUUUAUCCGGGAGCAGGAUUUGUACGCUCUGAAAUCCAUUAAAAUUCCAGUCAAGGUCAAUGGUGUGUUAACAGAAACCAACGAAGAACUGCUUUAUCCCAAGGCUGCUGGUCUAUCACCUGUUGAACUGCCUGGAUUCAAAGAGGAAGACAAUAGCUUUUCCGAUAUUGAGCCCAUUGAUCAGUAUUUCAGAGGGAUUGACCAGAAUAUUGAGCAAGCCGCACAGGUGGAGGGCUCGCCUAACACAGAUUAUUGCAUCGAAACGCUAAACUGGUCACCUCCUGAGCAGAAAGAAACCAGUAGUGGAGCGGACUGCGGGAUCCAGUGGUGGAAUGCGGUCUUUGUUAUGCUCCUUGUAGGCAUCAUUCUGCCAGUGUUUUAUAUUGUCUACUUUAAAACCCCAGAGCUGCAAGUGGCUGCCAAUUCAUCCGCCAUAACCGUAAGUAGCUCAUUGCACAGAUUAGCCACGGAAGCCCCAGUUCGCUCGGAUCAGGAAGAAAAUGGACCCCUUACCCAGGCUCCCCAGACCAGAACGUUAAUCCCACCUGAUGGAUGAAUCCAUCUGUUGAAAGAUGCAAGUGGGUAAGAGACAGCUCUGCUUCGGACAGAUUUGCUCCGGACAAACAGACAACAGCUGCGUUGCUUGCAAGUGGCUGGAAAUGAACUUGGAAAAAAAGGUCAAGGAAAAUGAGGGGAAAACCAAGAUGGGAACGCAAGCAGAUGAAUAGCAAAGGAAGAAGGCAAGGGGACGGCCCAGUUUUGACAGCAAAAAGGGUGUGCAAACCAAAUUGUGCAAACACACCCUGACCCCUGGCCCUCAUUUCUUUCUUCAGCUGCCAUCAAUUAAUGGAAGUGUCCUCCAUGGGGAUUAGCGAGCCAGUGGAGAGAGAAUUUGCUCACAUUGCCCGUGAGCCAGUUUUGCUGUUCAGAAUACUUACCCAAUUCUCUCUCCCCGUCGGGCAGAGAACCAGGAUUGAACCUCAUCUGGCUCUCACUGCCUCCUUCAAGAUUCUUGAAAACAUGGUCCUUUUGAGAAACGGGAUCUAACCUGAUAUCCAAAACCUGUUUUGUACAUUUCUUGCCCCCCCCCCAGUUUAACUGCCAAUUAAUUAAAAGCCGUUUUAUCAGUAUUUGCAAGUUUAAAGACUUCAUUUCCAUACCCAGCACCCUUUUUUUCAAGCGUUCAUUUUAAUUUGAAACAGAGUACCCGGCUGUUGUCAUCCCCAGUUCUGUUUCUUCCUCCAGGUAGAAAGGCUUCCAUCUCUUUCAGUAAUAAUUCUGCCCUUCUCUAUAGGGAUGGGGGCUGUUAAAAUGGCCCCAACACUUAGUCCCCCCCAAUAACAAUCUGUGAGGUGGGUUCAAGCAGAGGGUAUACAACUGCUUCAAAAAGCCCAAAUCCCACACCUGAUUCGACAAGUAAACUGGUUGUCCCCUGUCCUAGUCUAACUAAUUUAAGUUAAUACAGACUCCCGAGUGACAUGCAAAAUGGGCAAAUAAAGACGGGAAGCAAUGGGCUGCCAGACAGUUUGCAAUUUUGAGGAAAACAGGUAAGACAGCUCCCCUGAAUUUGGGAAAAGCUUAUUGUUAGCUUUUCAUCAUUAGCUUAAGAGAAAAUAUCACAUCACAAUGUGAGGGCGGAAGCAUGGCCCAUAUCUGCUUAUCGUCACCUCACAUCAGGUGAGGGAAGCCAGAGAAACUGUGCCUUCAAACCAAGAUGGCUGCCUCAAGAGUUCAUGGGGCUUCUGAGGAGACAAAGACAGGCAGCCCCUGAGAAAGAAGUGUCACGACUUCAGGGCUGGCUUCCUAUGCCAUCGCCUCACAGUUGCUUCUCAGUCAUGGCUGACUUUUCUAAAAACACCCUGCCACACACUCUUUCCCUCAUGAAUACAGCCAGCCUGUGGCAAAAGACAAAAUGGCGCCCCCUCCAUUCUACUGGCAAAAGUUGGCUGGACAACAGCAGAACAUUUCCUGGCAGUGGCAGCUGGGAAGCUCUCUGCUGCCAUGCCCGAGAGAAACCUGAGGGCGGCAGGCCCUCCUUAUGGGGCACAAGCGAAACUGUCCGGCGUUCUGUCCUCUGAAGAGGAAGAAAUGGCAGAAAGCGAUCGCCUCGUUCUGCACAAGAGUAGAAUUGGCUCUGCUCCUGAAUAUCAGGGAGAGGAUUCCUUCCCUACCAUAUACGCCCUGUGUAGGGACAUCCACCCUCAAAGAGCGGGCACAUUGUUAAUCCUGCACGUCCAACAAGAUUCCUGCAAUGAGCCCAUACUGUUUAAAUGCCUCGCCAUAUGGCGGCUGUGAGUCAAUACAGACCCACAGCAGCUUGAUGCUCUUCAUUUGCCCUUCACAGAGCAUGAACUGCUGGGAAAGAGGGGAGAAAGGGGGACACGGGCUUCUAGCAAUCCUCCCAAAAGUGUAACUCAAUGCCCAUGGAAACUGUCAAAGGUUCCCUGCAGUGAAAAACCCUGUACUCUCUCGGCUGCAAAUCUUUCAAACAUUAGACCAAGAUAUUCCCCCUUUAGCUCCAUGCCAGAGGGCCAAGAAGGGUUUCCCUUGUCAUCUCCUUUGUAACUAAACCCAGUUCACAACAACGACAACAAAAUCUCAUUUUGAACAGUACUGCAGAAAGUGAGGUGGAAAGGGGAGAUCAAAUGUAUUUAGAAAACUCAAAUGGAUCCUAACACCUUUUCAACUAGUACAAAGUCACAAAGAAGUCAGGUUUAGGAGGCAAAUUAGCAGCUGACAGAGAGACAUUUAAGGAGAGUAAAAGAAAACAACUGUAACAGACAGCUGACUUUAAAAAUCAGGAGCUACGCUGAUUAUGUUCCACCCAACUCACUCAACAGAGUCCAUGAAACAAUUCAGUCCAGAACUGUUGCCAAGAAGUAAAGCUAUUCUAUAUACAACUUGAUGAAGAUGAGAGAGAGAAAUGGAAAGGUGUAUCUUAGUCAACUGAAACCCAGUAGCUUUCGGUACUGAAGAACAGCGUUUAAAUCAAGCUUUGGAAAAGAAUUACAGAACAGGGACGUCCAAGGCAAAUGGACACAGGAAGGGUGUAUGUCUUAACAGCAACGGCAGCUGUUAAACCAUUCCCCAGAAUAUACCUAUAUAUCUGUCACUUAAAAAUAAAAAUGAGAAAGUCUCCCCAAGUUUACAUGACUCGUCUUCAACUGGUAUGUCAGGAUGCAGAAUUAGGCCACGCCACGUCCUCAGAGUGUUUUCUUUUAAAGUUUUCUUGUUUAAGUUGAGAAAUGCAGAGUGACACAUGGCAACAAAGACAGAUCUUCUUUUAAUGUAAACAUCUGCAGGGAAAAGAGGCAUGUUCCACAACCCAGAGGUUCAUCUAUAGUAAUUCUUUUAGUAGGUGCUCUGUUCUAGUUAUGGAAAAAAAUGGAUGUCACUGCCCUGUUUUUUCUUUUUCUUUUCUGGGUCAUCUAACCCAAGAGAGAGAUGAAGAAAAAUAAGCGUAUGUUGAGAAAAGUCCCAUUGUGUACACCAAAAUUAAAAGUGAGCAAAUGGAAAACUGUGAACAUUAUUUCUUCUGGUGGCUCAGAUGGAGCCCGAAGGAAAUAAUUUCCCUUCCUUCUGUCGUAUUUUAUCCGUCCAAUGCAUAAGGUAGGGCAGAAUCCAAAUUCAAAUAUAUAUAAGUAGUUCCUUUCUUUUACUAAGCAUGGAACUUUACAUGCAAGCAGAAUUGGAUUAACAACCAUGAAACCAGA